ACGGAAGCUAGAAGCCGCAUGGAAGGAGGAAGGAAAGGAAGGAGGGGGCAAGGCACGUCAUUCCCUUCCCACCAUCGGCCCCGUGACUAGCCGGAAAAGCAGCUGAAGCCUCCUGCAGUCCGCCACUCUGAAAUCUCCACGAUGCAUUUUGCGCUCAGGAGCUCUGGUCUGAUGGCAGCAGGUCUGGCUUGCCGGGCAGCCGCCAGCUGCAGAGCUCGAGCUCCAACAUUCCACAGGGGCUCGCUGCGUCCCAUCCAUACACCAGUCUUCAGUGCCACGGCUCACUUCUGUCAAUCCAAGCAGCGGAAGGAUUAUGCCCUCCCCAACCCUAGCUGGAGCCAGGACAUGGUGGCUCAGUUCAACAGGUACAUGGAGAUGACGAAAGACGGGACAUGGAAAAGACUGCCUUCAUACCGGAACUUUCUGGACCAUAUGCCAGAAAGCAUGGUGCAAGAACAUGCGGAGAAUGGAAACAGAGAGAACAGGAUGUUCCUCCGAAACACAGACGAGGAAGGCAAGGGAUUCGAGUACGUCAUGUUCGUGAACUCCUCCGAGAAAAAGAUGGUUUGUGUGUUCCAGCCAGGGCCCUACCUGGAAGGACCCCCAGGGUUCGCACACGGGGGCUCCAUCGCGACCAUGCUGGACAGCACCCUCGGGGGCUGCGCCAUCCUCGCUGCGGGCAGGGUGAUGACAGCAAACCUGAAUGUAAACUACAAAAACCCCGUCCCCCUGGGCUCCGUGGUUCUGGUGGAGACCAAAGUAGACAAGAUAGAAGGGAGGAAACUGUUGAUAUCUGGACAAGUGCGGAGCAUCGACGGAGAGACCCUUCACACAGAAGCCACAGGUGAGCGCUCGACUGUUCUUCAAGCUUAGAUGGUUAACCUGGUCUAGUAGAACCCUGAAGGACUGGCUGCCUAGCCAGGCUCAAAAUCACCCCAACCUCUUUGACCCCGGGGGCACCUUUGGAAUUCUGGCACCAUGUGGUGGGCUCAGCCACAAAAUGGCCGCAGCAGGAGAUGGACCCAGACCCAGAAUGGCCUCCACAUUGUACCUUCAGUCACACAGUAAAGAUGAUUAUGCCGCUGCCACAGCAACAGUUUUAAAACUCGACCCAGCUCAUUGAAUCUCCCAAGGGCUAAUCAGAAACCUUGCUAGGUGAAAGCUCCCCCUGGCACCGCUUGCUUUCUCAAAAAGCCAAGACAGAUGUUCGCCACCACGGUCCUAGAUGUGCGGAGAUGUCAUGUCCAAGCGCAGAGGCCCAACCGCAGCAAUGAACGUCUAUCCCACCAAUCUGCUCUGGUUUGCAAGUGCCUUCACUUCAACCUCCCGAGUCGCAGCUGUGCAGAUUUCUUUGUGCUUGGCAUAAGCAGAGAACUGCCCUCGGGUCUGCCCUGGAAGCCCCAGCUGGGGCAAAAUGCAGCAGUCCAGAAAUUGUUUCAGGGGCCACUAAAUAUGAAACUGCUGAAUAACAAAAACAGAAUACGUAUUUAUUACAAAAUAAAAUCCUGUCCACUUGUAAA